UUUGUGAAGAAUUGGAGUGGCGGUGACGGCAGUGUACCAGGAUAUGAGGAUAAAGUGUGCUGCUACAGCUUCUCGUGCAGUCGGUCAUUUAACUUCUCAUCUCACUAGUAGAGGUUUGACUUCUUGAUAUAGAAGUUUGGUGCGUGAGGGAAAGUGGUUUUGCUGGUUUUUAAAACUAGUCAAAAUGAAGCUGUAUUGGAUAACGCUGAUAUUCCUAGUGGUUUGUAUAGCCAAGGACAUAUCUGCUGAAAAAACUAGGAGACAUAAAAGAAUCAGGAAACCUCAUGCCGAUCCUGCAACAUUAUCAAAACCCAAACAAGACACCGAAAUUUCAUCAAACUCUAUCGAGAAAAAAACUGAGAAACCAGAGGAUGUGGAAUUACCACCAGAAGUUGAAAAUAAUAUGCCUAUAAUGGAUCCAUGCUUGAAAGUACACUGUGGUGCUGGAAGAAUAUGCCAGUUAGACGAUGGUGGUGAACCACAAUGCGUCUGCAUACCAACUUGUCCAGAAGAGAGCGAUGCUAGAAGAAAAGUUUGUUCCAACCACAAUGAAACUUGGUCCUCCGACUGCGCAGUUUACCAGCAAAGAUGUCUAUGCCAGACUGGUAAAGCUGAGUGCAAAGGACCAAAUUACAAGCACGUCCACAUUGAAUACUACGGAGAAUGUAGGAAUAUGCCUGAAUGCACCAAAGAAGAGAUGGUAGAUUUUCCUCGUCGUAUGCGUGAUUGGCUCUUCAACAUCAUGAGGGAUUUGGCUGAUCGCGAUGAACUUACCUCCCAUUAUCUCAAGAUGGAACGUGAAGCAGAAUCCAACAUGACUAGAAGAUGGACAAACGCGGCAAUAUGGAAAUUCUGCGAAUUAGAUGGUAACCCACCAGAUAGAUCUGUUUCGCUCCACGAGCUGUUUCCUAUUCGAGCACCGCUUAUGGCUCUUGAACAUUGCAUAGCACCUUUCUUGAAAGCUUGCGACACCGACGACAAUCACAGGAUCACCUUGAAAGAGUGGGCUAAAUGUUUGGAAUUGGAUGAGGAUGAGAUUGAGGACAGAUGUGAACAGAUAACUGAUGAAUAACUUCUCCCAUCAAGAGGCUAGUUACUUAUUUUUGUUGUUUUUUUCCUUAUUUCUGCAGAAUUUACUUUUGCCAUGUAAUAAACUUAGACAAUAUUCAAUAUUAUGCCUAAAAUUGUAAGAUAACACUGCCUUUUCCAUCUAAGAAUUGAUUAUAUCUACUCAUUUCAAUGAAUAAUAAGUAGUUCAUUAUAAUUUUGUAUAAAUGUAUUAUAUAGAGUGUCUUGAAUACUUACCUACAUAGAAUUGAUCAAUAUAUAUUUUACAUAC